AUGACGUCACGUGUCUCGAUUAUGACGUCAGAAGUAAUUUUCCAUGUAAAGAAAUGCUUAAUUACUCCGAUGGAACAGGUUUUCCUCCCUCCAGUUUGUAAGCCUUUUGAUUUUUUCGCCAUCAUGAAAUCAGGGCGAUUAAAAGGACAAAUUGGUCGAAUGAACAGGGGAGCUAACUUAAGCGCGAAGAUCCGCCUUUUUAGUCUACACUUAAAGUUCCCAACAGACGAGAAAUUCACGAUUAGUCGUGUUUGCCCCGGCAUGACUGUGAAGGACCUCAAGAAUAGGAUUGAACUAGAAACAGGUGUUCCAAGGCAUUUGCUGAGACUCCGCUAUCUUGAUGGAUAUGAUCUGACCGAUGACCGCCGUUUAUCUUACUACAACAUGGUCCCUGCCGCCACCGUACAAGUGCUUCUAUGGCCAGAAUGGGUUAGCUUGGUGACGGCGGCGUGCAAAGGGGAUUACUAUGGUGUUCUUGCAAGCCAAAUCCGUACCCCGGCCAAACUGGGUCAGAACACGCCCCGUGAAUUUAACGAAAAAGCGCUUGUGGCUCUCUACAUAGCCUCUCAUAGAGGUCACGUUAACGUGGUAUCGAGGCUGGUGGAAAGCGGGGUUUAUCCCUGCACUAAACUCCCGUCAGGCCGUUCGCCCCUCCACGCUGCUGUCAAUAGAAAGCAGAUCACAUGUGUCAGUAUACUAAUUG